UUGUGACGUAGGCAGCCGGGCCUAAUGGGUGAGCAGAGGAGGAAGUGAGUGAGAGAGAGGGUGAGAGAAGAGAAAACAGUGACCGAGUGCUGCGGAGGACUACAGCUGCUGCUUAAACCGCACUUCUCAGCGCACCGGACGGACAGCGGCUCUCCGGAGGACCGGCGGGAGGACUGACCACUGAUAGCACUGAUAGCACUGAAUAAGAAGGCUGCUGUUAGUAAGGUCACCUCGCACAGACUUGUCCAAUGUUGUAGGUGCUGAAGAGCUCCUCAGGCCAAGGACACCAUGUCCCACAGCCAGUCAGACAGUUGCGUGGGCGACCAGGUCCCCCUAAUCCUGGAGAGCCACUUCUCCACAGAACUUCAUAUAUCUGAGCCGGGCGAUGAUGAUUGCCAGUCACAAAGCUACCCUACACCCCAAUGUGAAACCUCCACGCCCCAGGAAGAUGUAGUAGACAGGAAGGUGGUCCCUCAGCAGGUGGUUCUGAGCACCCAGAGUCCUGCAGCGCUGAAGGCUGGCACCCGUCAGGUCAUCCCCAAGAAUUUAGCUGUGGCCAGCCGGCCCAAGCACCGCCACCACACCACUGUGGUGACAUUCCCAUUGGGACUGGAGAAGUCCAUCAGUGGGGGCCGGACCCGACACUCAACCCAGGGGCCAGAUGUGUCCUGGGAGGAUUAUGACAGUGAUGGAGACGGCUUUGCUUUGAGAAGGAACCGCAGGAACAAGUCAUACAGAGAGGCUGUGACCAGCCUUGACAUUGAAGCCAUGGUGACGGGACAGGUGCCUGUAGCCACGCUUACACCUGUCAGAGAAAAUAUGACGCCCAGUCCUGGUCCAGCUCGCAGCCCUGCACGUAAGCGAACCCUGGGGAGAAAGAGGAACCAGAACAAACGUGGGUCCUUCAAAGAUGCUACACCGCAGCUCUACCAGGAGAUACGUGAGCGAGGGCUGCACUCCACCAACCAGGAUGAGCUGCUGGAUGACUUUGUGGUGGUGGAGCCUCCUGUGGAGGACCAGGGCAUCGUGGUGAAGAGCUACCGGCCUGCACAGAUGACCUGGAGCCAGCUGCCACAGGUGAGGGACACAGAUAUCCUGACAAUAAUCUCACCUCAGGAGAGAAAGAGACAAGAGGCUAUUUUUGAGAUCAUCACAUCAGAGCAUUCGUACCUGCACAGCCUGGGCAUCCUAGUGCGUCACUUCAAGAAUAAUGACACUCUGAGGAAAACGAUGACGGCCACAGAGCACCAUCACCUCUUCUCCAACAUCUCUGUCAUCCACCAAGUCAGCAAACGGUUUUUUGAGGACCUUGAACGGCGUCACUAUGACAACCCAGUGAUCCGGGACAUUAGCGAUAUUGUUCAGAACCACGCUGCCCACCACUUUGAGCCCUACAUCGUCUACUGCUCCAACGAGACCUUCCAGCAGAGGACACUGCAGAAGCUGCUGACCAGCAACGUUGCGUUCAAAGAGACUCUCAGGCAAAUUGAAGGGAGCAGUGAAUGCGGAGGGUUGCCCAUGAUCUCUUUCCUCAUCCUUCCCAUGCAGCGAGUCACCAGACUGCCACUGCUGCUGGAUACAAUCUGCCAGAAAACUCCAGACAAGACAGCAGAGUACUUUGCUGCUGUUUGGGCGCUGCACGCCAUCAGCAAGUUGGUCACUAGUUGCAAUGAUGGAGCUAGGCGGAUGGAGAGAACAGAGCAGAUGUACACCAUCCAGAAACAGAUGGAUUUUGGUAGAAUCAAGCCAUUUCCUCUGGUGUCAUCAUCGCGGUGGCUGAAGAAGCGUGGAGAACUGGCCAUCUGCACUGAAGAGCUCAGCAUCUGGAGGGCUUUCAGCCACAGGAGCAACUACCUGUUUCUCUUCAAUGACGUAUUGAUCGUCACCAAGAAGAAGAGUGAGGAGAGCUUUGUGGUGAUGGACUACGCCACUCUGGAGAACGUGGAGGUGGAGGUCGGAGAGGAUGCCGAGGGACGGACAUCUCCGCCUGCCAAGAACAGCUCCAGCCACUAUCUUUCCUUCAAACUGCUGAUGAGCAAGAACAGUGAGGGGAGAGUGGAGCAGAUCUCCCUGGUGGCCGAGUCCAGGGUGGACCGGGCGCGAUGGAUAGUUGCUCUUACAGAACACAAGCAGGCAGAAGUCUCCACUCCGACAGCUGGUCUGCCACAGUAUGAGGCCACCAAAGCCUACAUGCCAAAGGAGCUAGAUGAGUUGGGGCUGCAACAAGCUGAGCUCGUCAUCGUCCUGCAGAAAGAAGAAGCCUGGUGCUAUGGGAUGAGAAUGCGAGAUGGAGAGAGAGGCUGGUUUCCUGCCAGCUGUGCCACAGAGAUCACCAACCCCACUGCCAUUGAGAACAAUGUGCAACGAAUGAAGCGCCUGCGCAAAGAGACCAAUGUCUGAGUGAUUCUCAAUGUACUUUAGAGUGGACAAAAUAACAGAAACACCUUCUGGUACUCACAAUGUUCAGUUUUUGUUAAGACUGCGUUGCUGGUGACUCAUACUGAACAAAGGAUAACUAUUAAUUACUGUAACUGUGGCUGAGAAGUCCUUUACCAACAGACUGAAGGACACUUACCAGGAAAAAAUGGCCAAUAAUGCUGUCUUGGUGUCGCAGUGGUCUAAGAGGAAUUCAGUGAAUCCAGCCAGUGUUCAUGUUGCUCUCUAUCACUGCCCAAACCAAGUCUUUUAAAACAUGGCCAUCAGGCUGAAUAAACAAACAUAUAUUUGUUGCAGAGCCACUGUUUAUAAAGGUGUUGUCUACCUUCUACAUGUGCAGCCAAUAAAUAGUCAGACAUUGUACUCUACUUAUACAGCAUUACCCCUGCUGCUUCUUUGUUGGUGUGAAUGCAAAUUUAAACUUACUAGCAAGUAAGAAAUUACAAUUAAUGAACCUCAGAUGCAGCCUAGGACUUAAUUUAAACUCUAGGAGCUUCAAAAUGUAAUUAUAUUGUCUACAUACACUAUAGUAUGAGAAGUUGCAUGCGAAAACAUUUAAGUUUAUUAGCUACUUUGCUUUAACCCUAACCUCAAGAAGAGGAACUUGAUUUAGUGCUAAAUGUUGGUUACAUUUCUUGUUGGAUCAAAUUGUGUUGGUGUCAGUUAAAUAAUGCUGUGUAGGCUUUCUUUGUUAUGCUGGUGUAAAACAAAAGGACAACUGAAUUAUCAAAGUUUUGGUAAAAGGCAGCUUUACAUCCUGUGCCAUUGUUCAAUGUGGUUGAUUAAAUAACACUGCAUCAUACAAGGUUAUAUUUGUCUAAUAUGUUAUCUGAAAUGAAAUAACACUCCAACACAAUUGUACAUUAUGUAAGAAAGAAGAAAAUCAAUGUUUUUUUUUUUGUCAUUUUUUUAAAACCCAUAUACUUGAAAAAUAAAAUAAAGCAGACA